AUGCGGAAGGCCUUGGUCGACAAGGGCCAAGCUCCACAUGCUGCCAUCAUCGGCUGUGCUGACUCCCGAGCCCCGGUGGAGACGCUCUUUGACGCGGCCCCCGGCGACCUGUUCGUCUUGCGAAACGCCGGCAACACCUGCACCCAUGCCGAAGGAAGCUUCCUGGGCAGCCUGGAGUUCUGCGUUGGAAAGCUUGGCAGCCGCCUCAUCGUCGUGAUGGGCCACACCAACUGCGGAGCCCUGGCUGGCGCCGCUGGCACGUACCUCUCCAUCAAGGAGGCUGCUGAGACCAAGACACCGGGCUGCGCCCUCGAGGGUCUUCUUCAGGGGCUGACCUCCGUGGCCGCCCAGACAGCCCAGGAGCUGGGUGGUACACCCGCUGCCGGCGAGAUCGCAAGCGCAGCCGUUAAGGUGAACGUGUUCAACACCAUCAACUUCCUGUUGAAGUUCAGCGAGCCCAUUCGAAAGUGGUCUCAGAAGCUGGAGCGGCUGAAGUGCGUCACUCGAUCCAAGACCUGGUGGGACGCCAUUGAGACGCAGAUGGGAGAGCUCCGGUGCCUACGACUGGGACAACUCAAGGCGCUCAUCGACGAAGUGGUGUUGGAUGCAGCACUAGCACUACCACUACCAUUCCCACUGCCGCUGCCACUGCCAUGGUCACGAACAAACGGUACGGGCGCCCUGGCCAAUCUGAUCAUGUCCGCAACAACGGGCGGCUGCUGCAGCUUCGCUCCUUGA